AUGCGUUCCAUCAGAGCCAAUCGCCUCCCAUUGAGGCCUCUCCCUCGUUACAUGUCCACAGCAUCUUCGUCGGCUCCCAAGACGACUGCUCUAAGCUCCGUGCUCAUCGCCAACCGUGGUGAGAUUGCCAUUCGAAUCAACCGCACUGCGGAGCGCAUGGGCAUCCGCGCCACCACUGUCUACACAGAUGUCGAUGCCGGCUCAUGGCAUGCCUCGACCGGAUACCAGUCGCUGGGACUGGGCCCCGCCAACGGCUACCUCGAUGGCGACAAGAUUAUUGCUCUGGCCAAGAAGCAUGGUAUCCAGGCUCUGCAUCCUGGAUAUGGUUUCUUGUCGGAGAACUCGCAAUUCGCUGAGAAGUGCGAAAAAGAAGGCAUUGUCUUCGUGGGACCUCCCGCAACGGCUAUGGCCGACAUGGGCAACAAGGCGAGGAGUAAGGAGAUCAUGACGGCGGCCAAUGUGCCCUGUGUGCCUGGAUAUCACGGUUCUGAACAAGGAGAGCAGGAACUUCUUCAGUACGCCAAGGAUAUUACUUUCCCCGUUUUGUUGAAGAGCGUGCGUGGUGGUGGUGGCAAGGGUAUGCGAAUCGUCAUGACUGAAGACGAGUUUAUGACCCAGCUGAAGAGUGCUCGCGCUGAGGCUCGCGCCUCGUUUGGUGAAGGCGGUGAGGUGAUGCUUGUUGAGAAGUAUAUUGUGCGACCGCGUCACGUUGAGGUGCAAGUGUUUGCGGACAAGCACGGCAACACAGCUGCUCUUGGCGAACGAGACUGCAGUGUUCAGCGACGACACCAAAAGGUUCUUGAAGAGUCACCAGCGCCUGAUUUGGAUGAGGCUACGAGACAGGAUCUGUGGGACAAGGCUCGCAAGGCUGCGUCUGCUGUUGGUUAUGUCGGUGCUGGUACCGUCGAGUUCAUCCUCGACAAGGACACCGGCAAGUUCUACUUUAUGGAAAUGAACACCAGACUGCAGGUCGAGCACCCUGUCACUGAGAUGGUGACCGGGUUGGACCUGGUUGAGUGGCAAUUCCGCAUUGCUGCUGGCGAGGAGCUGCCUCUGAAGCAGGCCGAAGUUGAGGAGAAGAUGAGGACGCUUGGCGCUGCCAUUGAAGCUCGUGUCUACGCUGAGAAUCCCGAGAAGGGUUUCAUGCCCGACUCCGGCAAGCUUGUUCACGCAGUCCUACCUGAUUCGGUUCUUGCUGACCCAGAUGUCAGACUGGACUGGGGUUUCGGUUCUGGAAGCACCGUCUCAGAAGCGUAUGAUGGCAUGAUUGCCAAGCUGAUUGUACGAGGAGAGAACCGUGAACAGGCUAUUGCCAAGCUGGCAGCUGCCCUGCGCGCCUUCGAAAUCGUCGGCGUCAGCACCAACGUCGAAUUCCUCAAACGUCUGUGUUACUCGCCCGCUUUCAUUGAGGGCGAUGUCGAGACUGGCUUCAUUGAUAAGUGGAGAGACGAGCUCUUCAAGCCUAGACACAUCAGUGAGGAGGUUUUCGCACAGGCUGCCCUCGGCGUUCUCAACUUGCAAUUAAACGGCGCCAAACCUCAUGGCCAGACUCUUGGCUUCGGCGACGCCAGCACAUCCAGCGAGCGCAAGCUUGCAUUCAAGGUCCUUGACGGAUACAGCGAGAAGGAGGGUGAGAUUGUUGAGGCGGCUGUCACCCAGACCGGACACAACCUGUACAAUGUCACUGUUUCACGAAAGGGACAAGCAACGCCCAUCGUCUUUAACAAUGUGGCCAGUGAGCCCACGCCAGAAGGUGCUGUCAUGAAGUUGCAGACUUAUUUCCCUGCCGAGAGAAUACUGUCUUCAGUUGUGCCGCAGGUUCAAGAGAAUGAUACCAAGAUUACCGUUUUCCAGCACGGUGUCAAGACUGAUCUCUCCCUGCUCCCGCCUUCAUGGUACGAGAAGGCUCUGGGUCUGAAGGAAAUUGCUGCGUCGGUGGUUGCUCCUAUGCCCUGCAAGAUUUUGAAGAAUGAGGUUGUUGAGGGCCAAGAGGUUAAAAAGGGAACUCCUCUUGUUGUUAUUGAGUCAAUGAAGAUGGAGACGGUGAUUCGAUCACCACAAGACGGCGUGGUGAAGAAGCUAGCCCACAAAGAGGGUGAUAUCUGCAAAGCAGGAACUAUUUUGGUACUGUUUGAGGAGGAACCAGUCAAGGAAGAAGCAUAA